CUUAACUUUAUGUAUACAGGACGAGUUAAAGAUGUUUUGACCGAUUUGGAAGAAUGGAUAGAUUUACUUUAUGGAUCUUCAAGAUUUAUAAUUCCAUUUUUAAUUCAAAAGUGCGAAAAAUCCAUUUCAAAGUAUGUUAAUAAUGAUAAUGUAGAAGAAAUUACAAAGAUUGCAACAGAUUGUGGUGCAGAACAAUUACUUAGAUAUUGUCAAAAGUUGGAAAGUAAAAAUAGGGAUGCUUUAUAUCUAUUAGAUAUAUAACUUAUAUAUAUAAUUCACCUAAAACUAACUUAUAUUUUAAUCUCAUCUUUUUCAUUUUUCAACUUCACAAAAUUUGAGUAAGAAGCAAGG